UGCCUUUCGAAGAAGCCUGAGCUCCCCCUUCCCGAGACAGGGCCACACUAGUACUGGCCAAGAGGCAAACUACAACAGCUACAAGAUUAGGUCUGCUUGCUUCAGUUGUGCUGUAGGUAAGCAAGUUCCUUGGACCUUGUUGCACUUGCACAUGCAAUUGCGCGCAAGUUGGGAAGGAUAUACUCCAGCAGGUUCUCACAGUAGGGAGAUGCAAGCGGUCUGAAGCUUUCUCUUGGUUCCGCAUUGAAGUGACUCAAAGAGCAGUCAGAAGAGUAUGCUUCAUACGUUUCUUGUACCUUGGUCGCGGUCGCAAUCGCGCGUGAGUUGGAAGACGUUGGUUGUCAUCGUUGGAGGUGCAAGAGGUCUGAAGGUUAGAGGUCCUCUUUGCUUGGCAUCAGGUUCAUCAUUGAGGAAACUCUAAGACUUGUAGAGCAGUUAGAGGAUUGUCCGAGAAGGCGAUUCAUGCGGUGGAAAGUUAAGAAGACCAGCAAGCGAGAGGUGAAUUCUUCGGAAAUGAGUAGUCUCUGGGAUGGCUUUGGCCUUCUGUCAACGGGCCUAGGCGAUCCAGGUGGGUGCGGCAUCCAACGAUUGGUAGAGCGCGUUUUCUCAAGAGACCGAUGUCACGAUGAAGAGGAAACACAUCGUUGUAUUCUACACUUUCCAAGCAUGCGCGAAAUGUUCACCCAUGAGGAGGUGGAGCAGGCCCUUGUCCAGCUUGGAUGGAAACCUCUUACCAAACGAGGAGGUUGGCGCCGCUAUUUCAAGAAUGAAGAACCCACCCUACCUUACGGUUUGCCAACUAUAGCCAAACUGCCUGCACGAUCAUUCGUGGACGUCCCCAAGCACCUGAUUCUUGACUUCGUCAGAACCGUUAAUAAGCGAGAAAAUCGUAAUUUGUUUUGCUGCUGUAGGGAACACAGGGGAGCACUAUUAGUUUCUGCAGGAAAUCGGGCUCUUCUCAAUUGACUUUCGUGUCAACUUUUCAAAUAUUAGGUCGUGCUCAGAUCGCGUUGGUGGAGUAGAGAAAGUGGAAGAAUCAUGACCACGUUGAUUUCUUAUUUGAACAUCCGGAUCUUUUCCCUGCUGCGUCUGACCACCUAAGAAUGUACUGGACAUGCUAGCGCGUUAAGGAAGUUCAGAGAUCGCCUCACAUUUAUUUGAGCUUCCUUUCGCGAGUACUUAACAGAGAAACAGUGGACGCACGUCUAAAGAAUUUAAUGAUGAAGAUGUUCGCGAAGGGUUUCUUGGAGUCAAGUUGCUACUGAACUUAUUGCAACUUGAGCAGUUUUACCUCUGCGUCUUCUUGAGGAGUCACUUUUAGCGUACUCGGAACCCAUAAAUAGUGUUCAUUACAAUGGAUGCAAUAACGUUUCGGAAUUAAGAUGAUUGUAAAGGAUAUAAAUAAAGUUGUGCCGCGUGAAUCAAGCCGGUGGCAGUUGAGCAAAUUUGAAAGCUCGAGAUGGAGGCCAGAAUCUAAAGUACAUCAUUCCAUCUUUCCCAGUUCUACAGUCUAGAAAAGCAAGAUUACAAGUCCAGAUCAGACACUCUUCUGCUUUAAGAGUCAUACAAAAAAAAAAAAAAGAUUGAACUUUGAGCUGUGUACAAUUCUCUAAAU